ACGUCUCGCACCCGGCUUUCCUCUCUCUCCGCUCCUCCUCGCGCAGCUGCCGCACCGGUCUGCAGACAUGGCGAACGUUGCAGACACAAAACUGUACGACCUUCUCGGCGUGUCUCCGUCGGCCACCGAAAACGAGCUGAAAAAGGCAUACCGGAAGUUAGCAAAAGAAUACCACCCUGAUAAGAACCCUAAUGCAGGUGACAAGUUUAAGGAGAUCAGUUUUGCGUAUGAGGUUUUGACGAACCCGGAGAAGAAGGAGCUUUACGACCGGUAUGGAGAGCAGGGCUUGCGUGAGGGGGGCGGUGGCGGAGCCGGGAUGGAGGAUAUCUUCUCUCACAUCUUUGGUGGAGGUCUGUUCGGCUUUAUGGGAGGCCAGAGCAGCAGGAGCAGAAAUGGGGGCAGACGGAGAGGAGAGGACAUGAUACACCCGCUAAAAGUGUCUUUGGAAGACAUAUACAAUGGGAAAACUACCAAACUACAGCUCAGCAAGAAUGUACUCUGUAGUGCCUGCAAUGGUCAAGGAGGUAAAACGGGAGCGGUGCAGAAGUGUGUCACAUGUAGGGGUCGUGGCAUGCGGAUCUUGAUCAGACAGUUGGCCCCUGGCAUGGUUCAGCAGAUGCAGUCUGUGUGCACGGACUGCAAUGGAGAGGGGGAGGUGAUCAGUGAGAAAGACCGCUGCAAAGAGUGCGACGGCCGGAAAGUGUCUAAAGAGGUGAAGGUCUUGGAGGUGCACGUGGAUAAAGGCAUGAGACACGGACAGAAGAUCACAUUUAGUGGAGAGGCAGAUCAGUCGCCCAACACGGAACCUGGAGACAUCAUAUUGGUCCUGCAGGAGAAGGAGCAUGAGGUAUUCCGCCGGGAUGGCAGCGACCUCCACAUAUCCCACAGGAUUGGUCUUGUGGAGGCGCUCUGUGGAUUUCAGUUCAUGCUCACGCACCUCGACGGACGACAUCUUGUCAUCAAAAAUCCUCCUGGAAAAGUCAUAGAGCCAGGUUCCAUAAGGGUCGUCCGGGGGGAAGGAAUGCCUCAGUACAGAAACCCCUUCGAGAAGGGAGAUCUGUACAUCAAGUUCGACGUGCAGUUUCCAGACAACGGCUGGAUAAGCACAGAGAAACUAACGGAGUUGGAGGAUCUGUUGCCGUCACGUUCAGAAGUUCCUGUCAUCUCAGCUGAUGCCGAGGAGGUGGAUUUGCAGGACUUUGAUCUCAGCCAGGGGUCGUCUGGCGGUCACCGCCGUGAAGCUUACAACGACAGCUCCGAUGAGGAGGGCGGUCCACAUGGACCGGGGGUGCAGUGCGCCCACCAGUAAUCCCUGAUUUCUUACGAAUUGUUUUGGGGAGUGUUAAGAUCCCCUGUUGUUGGACAGAUCCCCCGUCAAUCAUUCUUCACACCAUGUAGUGAACCGAACACACACACACACACAAUAGUAAGACUAUAAUGAUAACACGCAUGCACUGACAUCAUUUACCUGCAGUCUACAAUUUAACACACACACACAUAAACAAACACACAAAGAACAGACUUCAAGCAUAACAAAAGACAAAGCAAAAUAAUUUAUUCGUCACUAUCAUUUCCAUUGUAGACUUUCACAGUAUAUAUGCUCUCCGAAUAUAUAAACGUUGAUGUUGGUGGAGAGGGCAGACUUUGUUGUUUAAGUUGCAAGUAACGCACGCACAAAUCUGUUAAGAGACCGAGAUAAUGUGGAGUUUCCUGAAGUUCAAUAAAAUAUUCAGUUGUGUUUCAUUAUAUGCUCGCCAGUCAUCCUGCGCUGUUACGUAAGAAGUCUAUAAUACUUGUUUCUUUUUGAUGGAAGACUUAAAAGUGAAACACUCGCACGUGGGCCACAGUGAAAACGCUUAUCGAAAAAGUGUGAUUGAUUAAAUAAAGAUUGAAAAGAAUCAAGAUUUUAACGUGUUUUACCGUGCUCAUGUUCUGGAAUAUACAUACAAAGUCAUGCAUUUCCUCUAGUUUUGCCAAAGAAACACAACAUGAUCAACAGCCAAUGUGUGCAUGCAUUGUAAGCACUACUAUAGAUCGAUGGGGGGGACAACAAGGAAACACAUUGCCUAUAAAAGUUGCUAUUAUUGAAUC